UGUCCAUCCGCAUUCUCAAUCAUCUCAGAUGUCUCUGCAUACUUCUGCCAACUUAUUACUUUGUACAUUGGAUUCAGCCACCGAGUUUGAGCUGCUCGGCACCGUCGCGAGAUUGAGGUACAGCCGGCUCGUGUACACAAUGACAGUUUGUUUGAGCCUUGCCUGGACGCGCCGCCAAGUCGGGUGCCUGACUUGGCAAGCUUCAUGCCUACCAAUUGUCGCUUGCAAAGAUACGAGGAUCGCGUAGAAGUGCGUUGGCACUGAUACCCCAGUUUACGCCCCGUUGCUUAGCGUUUUAACGAUAAAAGUAUCUUAUUUGCAUAGGUUAUGCAACACGGUGCAUUCGGCCCCCAACGCAGGGCUAAAAUGCAAUAAAAUGUCGAGAGGUCCAUGCAGCGAGUACCUUCACCCGUUUCUCAAGUCGAAUACUCUCGAGUCGAUGACGGUAGCAAUGCGAGGACUCCGGAAUUACAUGACGGUUCGACAAACCUGCAGAAGAAUUACACAAACACAAACACGGUCAACAAAAGGAGCGAAGGGAGCUCCGAAGAUGGGAACGGAUUUCAAGGUCGCCAAAAGUCACGAUACAUCUGGUGGUUAGAGACAGCAUGCGCAGUCCUCGUGGUUGGCGCCUUGGUAGGCAUCAUUACGACCGUCAAUGCCUUCAACAACAAGCCUCUCCCCCACUGGCCUUACAGUCUGUCGAUUAACACCUUCAUCGCUGCCUUCACCGUACUAUUGAAGACCUCCGCCGGUCUCAUCCUCGCAGAAGGAAUCAGUCAUAUCAAAUGGACGAGCUUGAAAAGGCCGCGCUCUCUACGCAGCUUUUGGAUCCAUGAUGAGGCGAGCCGCGGUCCAUGGGGCGCAAUGCAACUACUUUGGAAUGAUAAGGGCCGCCAUGUUUCCUCGCUCGGAGCAUUCAUCACGAUUGUCAUCCUCUUCCUCGAGCCGUUCUCCCAGCAGAUUGUGACUUUUCCAGUCUGUGUUCAGGUGGAACCCCGCGAGACCGCAUUCAUACCAAGAACAAACUUCUACAAAGAGGAGGGUAUAACGGUAGGGGGCAGCUCGACCAGUAUACCUUGGAAAGUGCGCAACUCAGUCAAUCAAGGAAUGUUUGCUACAAACAAACCUCAACUUGACAUCUCCUGCCAGUCCGGGAAUUGCACGUUCCCGAAUGAAUACAGCUCGCUAGCGUUCUGUAGCAAAUGUGAAGACGUUACUGCAAAUUUGAUCCAAGUACCCUGGCCAAACCCGAGGAACAUCACGCCGGUCCCUGAAUUUGCGCGCUAUCCAAAAAUAACAUUGAAAACUGCGGAUACCCCGGGCCAAAACCUUACAUUGGAGAUUGUCACAGCGGUCGGCUCCGUUGAGGAAAACAGACGUUCACUCGUUGCGCGAGGUUUUCCAUCUAUUGAUGUCAUUCGCGCACUGGACACCAAAACUUAUGUCGCCUAUUCAUGCAAGAUCUCCCCUUGCGUCAGAUCUUACUCGGCAGAGAUUCGAAACAGCUUACUCAAGGAAACCCAAGAGAGCGAGCAUAUGCUACCACGGAACCUCAUGUUCGGGGCUUACCGGGUUGCCGAUCUCGAUUGUCUUCAAGACGACAAGAAGCAACAGCUUUCAGAGAUGGGCUACGACUUGGCCAAGGAUCCGCGAUGGCUUCCUUACAAUGUUUCAGUGUCCUAUAACGUGACUGAGAAGCGUACGAAGUUUAGAGGCUCCUGCCAAUUCAUGCCAAAGGACAAGGUCGAUAAGUACUGCGACAAGAACAAGCCAGGCGCAGGCGCUGAGGGCAUUCUCCUCAACGACGACGCAGCUCAGAUUGUCCCUGCGGAAUGCGUGUACUCUAUGACCGAUAUCGCCGGGAACGCGCUCAACGAGAACCUCUUCAAGGAUCUAUUCAAAGGUGAGAUACAGGAAUAUGGGACGAGGUCGCCACCUGCCCUAUUCGGCAAUGAAUCAAUGAUGGCCAUUUGGCAUGCUGGUUCCGGCAAUGGCACACUUGAAGACAUCAGUGGACUCAUGAAGAAUAUUUCCGACUCUUUGACAACGCACAUACGACAACACGGUCAUGCCAAUCUAAGCCAGCCAGCCCGAGGCGAAGUCCACUACAAUACGGUGUGCAUACGUGUGCAAUGGGCGUGGCUGAUCUAUUCAGGCGCAGCUGUCGUUUUAACGUUACUCUUCUUCGUCUGGGUAGUUGUGCAAGCAAAGUUGGAUCAGUCACAGUUGCGCAAAAUAUGGGAGGGUGAAGGCAUGCACGCUCCAUUCUACGACUUUAAAUCGAGUGCUUUAGCACUGCUGUUUCAUGGGCUGGACGACAAUAGUCGGCGAGAGCUGGAGGAAGUGGGAAGUACGAGCGAGAUGGAGAAGAUAUCAAAGGAUGUCAAGAUUCAGUUGGUUGCAACAGAAAAGGGGUGGAAACUGGCGACCGUUGGCCAACAUGAGUGAGAAUUUAAAAAGUAUGCUCGUUUAGAGUAAACCAUCGUUUCGUUAAUGUCCCAGAAUGCGUAGUCGAUCGAGGGCAUUUGGGAGCAUAUAGAGGGCUUUCACACACCGAGUCACACCUCGAAUCGCUGAAGGGUAGAUCAAAUAUUCAAUUUUAAACUAAUUCAAGCCCUCCAGUAGGAGUGAACCCACGGAGGUGCGAGC